UAAAAAGUACAAAUGUCAUUUUGAAAUAGUGUUCUGUAUCUUAGUCAUCUACCUCUGUCUGUUUUCCAAGUGCAUUUGGUUGCUUUUGUGUGGUGAUGGAGAACACUAACAAUGCUCAUACCCUGCUAUGGUGCUGGUACACCUUAUGUGAGCAAGACAGACCGCUUUGUGUCUGCUGUGGCUAGAGCCCUUCCCACAGGCUGCCGGCAUUGCUUCUCUGGUUCCACUUGGAUUGCCUAGAGUGUACCACAGCUUCUGGGGUCAGCUUCUGUGUGUUCUUUCCUUUAGAAAGUAAAACCCUGUGGUUUGUUUGGGUCUCUCACUUGUAGGGCACAUUCAUUCUAAAUCGGAUUCAUUUUACAUCUAGAUAGCAUUUUAUUUUGCAAAGAGCCACGUUGGAAAGCAAGCCCAGAGGCUUCAAACCAGCAUCUUUGCUAACAAAGUAGAGUUCUAAGACUAGGAACACAUAUUACCAGAGAAUCACUUUGCAAAACACAUGUUUAAAUUACAAUUCCUAUUCUUCACAAUCAUAAAUAUACUUUAUAGCACCCUAGUUACAGUAUAGAACCAAAUAGCAACUAGCUGCACAUGCUAAUAAAAACAUGUGGGUUGGUCUCACUGAAAACUUGAAAGAAUAAACCUAUCUUUACAAGGUAGCAAACCAUAUAAUUUGCUCUAAAUCAAGGAAGAGCCUAGUGAAGAAAGGCAUUAGUAUGUGUUUAGCAAAGGUAUAUGUACUGCCUUAGUAGAUAAGGCUGGAUUUUAAAUUGACACUUAAAAACUACAGAUUCCCCAAAAGGCUUUGGGGUUUUUGUUUGUUUUGUUUUGAUGUUGUUCUGUUCAAGUCUAGUACCCUGAACCUUGAGUGCAAAGUAAUUGUGUGUGUGUGUCUGACUGUCUGACUCAGCUUUGAGGUGGCUGCACUUCUUCCCUUUAAAAUUUUUCUUUUAUCUUUACUGUCUUUGUUUCCUUUGCUCUGUUACAAUUUUGAACUAACAAGAACACUUUCUGUUCCUUCCUAUAGUUAAUUUAGAUAACAGCCCUUAAGAAACAUGAUACCACAAUUGUGUGUUUUUAUUACUGGAUGGGGUUUUGGGUUGGGUGGUGGUGGUGGGUAGAUACGAUUUGUGUGGAAGCCCUUACCUCCCACUCUAGAUGAGACAGUUGCUACUUUGCUGCACAAUUGGCUGUUGUCAUUUUACCAGGGACCUUUCACUCUGAUCUCUCCUUCCCUCCCCACCAGGAAAGAAUACCAUACUUAAGUCACACUGCCUCCAAGACCUCUGGUGCUCUGACAGUCUUCCUUAGCACAGCUCUGCCAGACCCAAUCCCUUUUGUUAAACCUUCCCUUGAUGAUCACAUGGGGCAGCAGGGAUUACAGAUCUAUGGGGGAUAGCAAGAAACAUUUGAGUGAAUGUUGUUGAAGAUUUUCAGUAGUAUAGAAAAUGAUGGCGCUCUUGUGAUAUUUGUAAGUACAAGCAAGGAUUUGGCACAGACAUCCUAUUUCAUGGCUACCAACAGUUUGCAUCUUACGACCUUCUGUCUUCAGUACAAACCCACAGUGAUAGCAUGUGUAUGCAUUCAUUUGGCUUGCAAAUGGUCCAAUUGGGAGAUUCCUGUGUCAACGGAUGGAAAGCACUGGUGGGAGUAUGUGGACCCUACAGUUACCCUAGAGCUGCUAGAUGAGCUAACACAUGAGUUUCUACAAAUAUUGGAGAAAACGCCUAGUAGGUUGAAGAGGAUUCGAAACUGGAGGGCUAUGGCUAAGAAACCAAAAGUCGAUGGACAAGUAUCAGAGACACCACUGCUUGGUUCUUCUUUGGUCCAGAAUUCCAUUUUAGUAGACAGUGUCACUGGUGUGCCUGCCAACCCAAGCUUUCAGAAGCCAUCAACGUCAACGUUCCCUGCUCCACUACCUCUAACUUCAGGAAGUACUUCUGUUCAAGAUGGCCGUGCAUCUGAUACUGGAUCAGUGCUCGCAGGGAUGCCUAGUUCCUCAUACACUGUGUCAUCACACCAAGAGUGGCCUCACCAUCCAGACUCAGCCAGGACAGACCCGGUAUACACACAGAAGCAGGAGGCCACUCUCUCUGGGAGCCAGUACCUAAGCUUCCAGCAGGGACCUUCAAUGGCACUGCAUUCCGGAUUACAUCACAGGCCGGACAAAGUUGCUGAUCAUUCGUCAGCUAAGCAAGAAUAUACUCACAAAGGUGGGAGCAGCAAACACCAUGGCCCCAUACCUGCUACUCCUGGAGUGGUUCCUCAGAAAAUGUCUUUAGAUAAGUACAGAGAGAAGCGGAAGCUGGAAACCCUUGACCUGGACUCGAGGGAUCACUAUAUGGCUGCCCAUGCAGAGCAGCAGCACAAACAUGGGCCAGCUCAGGCAGUCGCAGGCACUUCUGUCACUUCUCCCAUCAAAAUGAAGCUUCCCCUCACCAACUCCGACAAGCCUGAGAAACACUUGGCAGAGAAAAGGGAGAGGAGUGGAUCACUGAAGCUGCGGAUCCCCAUCCCACCGCCUGAUAAAGGUCCCAGCAAGGAGGAGCUGAAGAUGAAAAUCAAAGUGUCGUCCUCUGAGAGACACAGCUCUUCUGAUGAAGGCAGUGGGAAGAGCAAGCACUCGAGCCCACACAUCAGCAGAGACCACAAGGAAAAGCACAAGGAGCACCCGGCCAACCGCCACCACAGCAGCCACAAGCAUUUGCACAUGCACAGCAGCGGAGGCAGCAAGCAUGCUGACGGCAUGCCACCCACUGUGCUGAGGAGUCCUGUGGGCCUGGGCCCUGAAGGCAUCUCCUCCGGCCCCAGUGCAAGGAAGAAGCUGCAUAUCAACGAUGCCUCCCACAACCACCACUCCAAAAUGAGCAAAAGUUCCAAAAGUUCAGGUAGUUCAUCUAGUUCUUCCUCUGUUAAGCAGUAUCUAUCCUCUCACAGCUCUGUUUUUAACCAUCCCUUACCCCCUCCUCCCCCUGUCACAUACCAGGUGGGCUACGGACAUCUCAGCACCCUCGUGAAACUGGACAAGAAACCAGUGGAGCCCCACGGUCCUGAGGCCAAUCACGAGUACAGUACAAGCAGCCAGCAUAUGGACUACAAAGACACAUUCGACAUGCUGGACUCGCUGCUAAGUGCCCAAGGAAUGAAUAUGUAACCCUUUGUUUAGGUCAACUUUUCCUUUCCUUUUUAAUUUAAAAAUGGUUGGAAUGGAAAAUGCCCUCCUGGUCCAGCGGUGGUGCCACUGCUUCCGUAUUUGUAAGUGCUGCUUUGUUCUUCAUUCUGAAAGAAGAGAUGAUAGUAAACAAGCCUAUCUCCACAUACAUAGUGCUACCAGGACUGUAAGCCGCUUGGAAGACGCAGCUGGGAACAUUAGGGUGAAUGGCUGGCUGCUGCUAGGAACCCAAGCUGCCUCAAGCCUCUGUUGUUUAGGAUUCGAGUAUCGUAGCUGGUUUUUUGUUGUUGCUUGGCUUUGAAUGAGUGUCAAUUGUUUUCUUUUGUGUAUUUAUACUUGUAUGUAUGGUUUGCAUGUCUCAGUGAUAAAGGGAUAACAGUACACUGACAACUGUUUACAAGAAAGUGGAGAAAAAUGUACAUACAUUUUUGUAUGUUUAGAUAUUACCAUAAAUACUCAGGAUCGGAGCUGCUUGUAAGUAUAACAAUAGACAGAAUAACUUUAUUUUCUCUCGUCAGAGUCCAUCACUAAUCUAAAACACAAGUGGCACUUUUUUAUGUUAACCUUAAACUCUAGGCCUUACUGAAAGCCGCUGAGGGGACACUUCACUACUAGACGGGAAUGUGGUGCCACGGGUGGUCCUUAACACUGGGAAGCACUCAGUUUGCCCUCAGAGAUUCUGACCAGAGUGGCUGCAGAAUCAGCCACUGAUUUCUGAAGGCUUGAAGAGGAAAAAAAAAAAAAAUAAAGUUUACAUACUCUUGAUGUGAAGUGCAUUUAAAUGUUUGCCGGCUUGUUGCAGUGCUGUAGAAAAGCAGCUACUAAUGUGUGUGAGGAUGGCUGACUUCACUCACAGCCGCCCUCAGUGAAGGUCAGUCCAUUUCUGCAAGAACGCUGACACUACAGGUUCUGGGUGAGCAGGGGUCACGUUUCCUUUAGCAUUUGCAGUGACACCAUAGUCUUGAAUAUAUAUUACUCUUCCCCUGGGGAGAGAGAGUAUGAGAGAGCGAGAGCGUGAGUGUGCGUGCGUGCGUGCGUGCGUGCGUGCGUGCGUGUAUGUGUGUGUGUGUGUGUGUGUGUGUGUGUGUGUGUGUCUGUGAGAGAGAGAGAGAUACCAUAUUUCUUUUUCAGGUAAAUGCAGUCUUCCUUAUAAAAAUGAAAUUAAACCUAUGCUCUCUUGAUUCUUUUAUAUUCUAACAAUAAAUAAAAAAGAAAAGAUUGCUGACUGUGCAUUGUACCUGUAUUUAUAGCUUAUGGUCAUUAUCAGGAAAAUGUAAGAAAAAAGGCCAACCUCCGGCAAGCCACUGCUGGGGGUUUUACAUUGGUUUGCACGUCUUAGUAGGUUCUCAUUGAGGUAAUGCUUGCACUGUCACCUGACGCCUGGUCAGGAGAUAGACUGACUGACUUGUCUAACUUUUGGUGUAAGCACCAAUAGUAUGGCUCUUGUCUCUUGCCUAAUCUUGAAUUUAUUUCUGUGGUAAGUCUUCGCUGUUGAGUCUCUUAAGAUGGGUCGGAUUCAACUUGUAUUGAAUCACAAGUUUUCCUUUGUAUAUGAAAUGUUUUGUUAUAAAGCCACUGAUCUGUGCACAAUUGUAAUUUUAUUCAAGUAUGUUGUGGUUGUAAAUAUUAGAGUUGAGCCUUGUACUCUACUUUUAUUUAGCAGUUAUCUAAUUUGCCAGUAGCUAUUUGUUUGUUUGUUUGUUUUAAAGAAAAUUGUUGAUUAUUUUGUCAAUGUUAUUUGAACCUGGGAUGUCAGGAGCUUCUUUGUGGAAACUCAGCCAAGCAGGCUAGUGUCACUCUGUUCUUGUCUUGCAUUGGUAAUCUUUGUCACUCUGAUUUUUGUUGCUAUGUGGUAUACAUUGUAUCAUACACAUGAUUUUGAUACAGUUUGGUUUUACCGUGGUACAAUUCCAAGAACUAGCAUAGAAUUUAAACAGAGUACAAGGUGAGGGAGGGAAGGGUUUUGUUCUUGGUGAUUUAGAUGUGAAACCUCAACAGAGCAUCAUGUGAACUGACACGAGGUGUUGUGCUACUGUAUCAUUGGGAGUGAUGCCAGGAAUUCUAAUCCGCCUUUGUAAAGAGUAUCCAGAGAAGUAGUGAACUUAAUUUCAGUAUGACAUAGAAAACAAUGUGAAUAUUUAAGGUCUGGGGCUCUAGUUAAACUUCACUAAGGGUUUUCAGAAAUGUGUUGUUUUUCGUUUGUUUUUGUUUUUUUGUUGUUUUGGUUUUUUUAGCUAUGGGAAUAAAGGUAAUUUUGUUGAAUCUUUAUUGGUGCUAAUGAUGGACAGUUAAACAGAUAGUGUAUAUGCCGUGGAUCAGUACACCUAGUGCUUCCAGAACGGACUCUGAAAUGCUGUGUGUUCACUUUCACUCUGUAAAUGUAAUUCUUUACAAUGACUAUUUAUUAAAGGGCAGUCAGUUGUGAUUUUUACAGGAUUGUGUGAACUGUUCAAACUCUUCAACCUCAGAACAAGAUGCUAAAACCACAAUGGGGGAUAAUUUGUGACUCCUUGUUUCCUUUCCACUAAGGAAAACCCUCAUAAUUCAUAUCACCAUGAAUUUGCUUGAAAGAUCUUGUUUGCAUAACAUAGUUCUUUGCAUGGUCCCAUUAGACUCUACCAAAGAAAAAAGACUCAAUAAAUGGACAUUCUAUUGCGAGUCUUGUAAGUAGCCAUAAAUAACCAAAAUAGUAUCGAAUUUAGAUGUGAAAUUUCACAUGUGCAUAGUACUGUUAAGGUGAUACAUUUUUGAUGAGUUUUUAAUACUUGAAAAUAAUUAAAAAGCAUUAUCUUUACAUCAUCCCAUAACAGAGUGAUUCAUUCUUAGGGUGUGUUUCCCUAGGUUUUCAACCUUUUUGCAAAAAACAUUGUUAUCAGAGGCUUCCUGUCUACCUCUCUCAGCUAAUUUUCUAAAAUCAAGAUGAGCUUCCUAAAUAUUUGCCUUAGCUACUAACACAAGCUGUCUUCAGAACCAAAGCAAAGGAGUGUUUAUUUGUGGGAGCCAUCUUGGAGGCCUGCAUUACAAACUCGGUGCCAGUGCCCACUGGUAGAGAAGGCCCCUCAUGUCCUCUAGUAGCAGGUAGCGGUAAAGGCAACAGUGCCAGUCGUGGGUACACUUUAAAGCGAUGGAUACUGGUGUUAGAGUCUUCAGCUUUAAAGAUGCCUUCCAUGGUAUUAGGUGUUGUUUUGUUAGGAACGUCAUGAGUACACACUUCGUGCCAAUAGUGAUUAUACAGAACUCCCAAACAUUUGGACCAAUCCGUUCCCUUUGAAGUAAAAAAUUGAACAGGUUAGAUUUGCUUUAGAGAACCAGUUUAAAAAGUUUGAUUAGUUACCAAAUACCUUGCCUUAAGAUGUUUCAAGUAUAUUUUCUUAGAAUUUAAAUUCUAAUUGUAUUCCUUAGCCAGCCUGAGGAAUAAGCCGCUGCCUAUAUGACGCAUGGGUGGAGCAUGAUUUAUUGGUUAGAGGAAGAAGACUCCUGAAUUAUGGAGAUGGCUCAUUUAGAUAACAUCUCGGAAAGAGACGAUUGUCUCUGGGAUCUUUGAGAUGAGACUCAGUCUUGCUCUAUAACAAGGUAAAGGGCUGACUUUUUAAAUCUCUCCUCCUGCCUCCACCCAUGCCUGGAUCAGUGAUUCUUAACUUACACUCAAUCUUAUAUAAGCAAAAAAGUACUUCAAACUUAAGACCUAAUUUGCCUGAAGAUUCUGAGGAUUUUUUUUUUCCUGAGAAAAUUCUGGAAGCUCUUAGUAGCUAAGGACCUUUGACUUCGUAUCUCUAGAUUCAGCAGUCCCCCCUCAGGAGCCUUUCCUGGGAGGCAGUAGGAUCCACUCACCACAUUUCCACAGGGGAAGAGUGAGCAGAGCCCCACAUAGGAGACCAGGAGUUGAUGGAAUUGGGCUUAAUUCUGUGCCUUUUGUUUUAUGGUAGGCAGAGUGCAUUCCUGUUUUUCCUCAGUACUUGUUGUUGAGACCAAGGGUGUGUAUGCACAGCUGUAGUACAAACCAACAGAUGGUUGGAGGGCAACUUUGACCAGGACAGAAGCCAAGUCCUGCUCACUGGAAACUUAGUCUGUGAUCUUGGUACUACAAGCUCUAAGUAUGUUCCAUUAUUUCAGUUUUUGAAUUGUGCCCAGCCAGCACUCUUUGCUUUGUGAGUCCCUUUUUCUGGUUUAUAAUUCACCAUUGAUCCUGCCUGGCAUAUUUCUUGAGGUAUGCUUCAUGGGUGGGAGCAGUUCUGUCUGUAUAAAGCUGACUUCAUCCUUCACUGCAAUUCAGUAAUGUCAAGUCAAUCCUGUGGACUCUGUGGUUUCUUUUGUUUCCAAGUUGGGAGAGGAAGCCUCACUUAGCCUCCAGCCAACGAGUUGAGUUAGUAGUGUGUAACUUGCUCCACCUGGUAGUAAGUAGCUCUCUUGAUUAGGAAAACGUCCCUGGAGUACCAUUUUGUUGUGAACGGUGGAAUUUGAACAUUCAAAACCCUUGUGGAUAAUUGAAUGAAACAAGAAAAUGUGUAUAUUGGCAUGAACUAGCCUUUGAAUUUCAUCUCAUUACAUAAGGAAUUAUUAAUAAAGUUUGUUUAUUGACCAAA